UCUCUGGAGCAGCUCCUGCCUCCUUCAGCCUCUUGCCCGACCUCAGAGCCACUGCGGAGGGCAGGCCCCCCGGGGCCCUGCCCCACAGCAUUAUAAUGGGGAAGCUCCCGCUGGGGGUUGUCUCCCCUUAUGUGAAGAUGAGUUCAGGGGGCUGCACGGACCCUCUGAAUUUCUAUGCUACCAGCUACUGCACAGCCUACGGUCGGAAGGACUUCCAGCCCCGCGUGGGCAGUCACCAAGGCACGGGCUACAGAUCAAAUUACCGGCCCGUGGUUUCCUACCGAGCCAAUCUUGAUGCCCUGGAGAGCCCAGCCACGGGGGAACAAGUCCAUCACAGUUUCCAGACUGUGACCAGUCAGAGUUACCGCCCCCUGGAGGUGCCUGAUGGCAAAUAUCCGUUGCCCUGGAACAUACACCAGACCAGCUCAGGCUACUGUCGGGAAAAGCCCAGUGCAGCAACUGCCACCAAGGAGGUCAGGAAGGUCCAUUUUGACACCCAGGACUAUGGGCCCCAGGCCAUCACAGGGCUGGAACCCAAGGACAGGCCACCGCUCCACCAGCAGCAGGGCAAGGGCUCAGUGGAGUGGGAGAACGCCCGACACGGCCCGCGCUUCAUGACUUCUGAGUAUAACUCCAAAUACCUCAAGGAGCCUUCAAACCAGCCAGAUCUCCUGCAGAAGAGAUCGAUUGGUGCCAAGGAGGAGACCGGCUUCACAGAAGAAUCUAGCAAGAACCCGAAUGUCUUCCAGCCACCCUCCCAGGCCCUCCCUGGGAACCCGCCUCUCCUCCCCAGCCGGAGUGUCACCAAGGCCGACUUUCUCCCCAUGACCCACCCUCAUGGAGAUGAAUUCCUGCCAGCGCUGGCCAGGGGCUCCGAGCGCGAGACGGCCUUCAGCCGCACCAAUGACAGGACUCUGAACCCCAGAGUCAGUAUGAGCCCAGAACCCAGCAGCAUGAGCCGCUGGCAAUUCCGGCCCCCGCAGAGAGCGCAGCCGACAGAUGUUGCCCCGCUUGGCCGGGAGACUGUGGGGAACAAGGAGCCCACAGGGUUCAGCCUUAACAACCCUAGCUAUGUCCCGAGCCCCUAUGACCCCGACAAGGAUAAUCACUACUUGACCACCUACAACCAAGGGUACUUCGAGAACAUCCCCAGGGGGCUAGACCGUGAAGGCUGGACUCGACAUGGUGUCCAGCCCCAGAAGCUCAGGGGCUACACCCUCAACCAGCCAGUCACAUGCAUGGAAGCCUCCCCCAACCCCACGGAGAGCCUGCGGCGCUUGCACCCCCACGGGGGAAGAACGCCGCUCUCAGCAGACCCCUUCUACGGAGCCACACCUCACAGCAGCCGCUUCACCAUGCCUAGCUGAGCCUGAGGCCUGGGCCUCCUUUGCUGCCCCCACAGGUCUUCCAACAGGACAGGAGCUGGCAACUCUCCCCCGUCCCACCGCAUCCCCACUGGGACUCCCCUGGCUACUUGCCUAAUGAAAUAAAGAGGAGUGAAG